AUGACAUUUUUGUACAUCAAGGAAAUUUAAAUCAAGGAAAUAAACAUCAAACAUUCUUUUUUGGUCUAAAUUAGCAACUUCUAGAAAUAGACGAUUUUUUUAAAAGAUUUAAAAUGUAAAUAUCAAAAUGCAUGGAUUACAUAAGAAUUUAUAGUUGAAAAUAAGUUAAUUUAUAACUUGUUUCAAUCUAAAUAUCGUUUAAAAGAAAUUGAAUUAAAGCUAGGGACAACCAUUGAUUUUCCUCAAGAACCUUAUACUAAUUUAGGUAAGAUUGUAAUAGCAGGGUUUUAAAACUAGGUAGUUGAUUUAUUAUAAUAAUUAUCUAUAGUAGAAAACAUAUUUAAAAAUUUUUGUACGGUUAAAAGUCUACCCCUUAAUAAUUAACAAAUAGAAUAAUUAACUGCUAAUUCUCAGUAAUUGCAAUAAAUUUAAGAAAAGACAUCUAGUUAUUUUGAAUUCAAAAAUAUUAUUAGUUUCAAUCCUGAAGAAUCUAUUUUGGAGAAGCUAACAUUUGAAGGAAAAGAAUUAUGUAUUGUUAAGGGAGACAUCACCCAAAUUAAGUGUGAGGCAAUCGUAUAUUAAAUAAUGAAUGAUAAGUGUGAACUUGGAGAAAUCGGUUUGUAAAAUCAAUAAGUCAAAAAUAUAUUAUCAAUUACUAAUAAUGAUAUAUAAAAAUUUUUCAAAGAAAUAAUGAAGGGUAAAUCAUCCUUAAAUCCUGGAGAAUUAUUUUAUUACAAAGUUAAUACUGACUCCCAUGUAGAUCAUAUUUUUAAUAUUUAUCCUCCUACUUAUAGGCAAGCAAAGACUCUUGCUCGUGACAAAAAAAUCAUAGAGUAAUUGAUUUAGAAUAUUUUUUAAUUGGCCAAAGAGAAGAAUAUCAAAUAAAUCGCUUUUCCUGUGAUUAGUGUUGAAAUUUUUGGUUUUUAUAUGAACAUGGCCAGCUAAAUUCUUUUGAAAGAAAUUAUAAAUUGUUUGUUUCAAGGUGAUUGUGAUAUAAAAUAGAUUUUCAUACUUGAAAACGAUGAUUUAAGAUGUAAAAAAUUGCUCUAUCAUUUAAAUAAUCUUUUAUCUGAUAACCCAUAAUAAAAGACUGAAGAUUAUAUAAAAUAAUAAUGGUAAUGGUUUGAGUAAGAUCAUUUUGAGGAUUAUGACGAUUAUGAAAUUAAUAGAAAAAUGUGCAAAUUUUACACUGAAUUCGAGAAAGGCUAAGAUUAACGAUUUAAUAUAUUCUAUCCUUACAGUAAAUACCCUGGAACACAUUUAAUAGAUUUAGACAAACAACGAAUUUGGGAUAAAACUCACAACAAUUCUGAGCAAAGUAUCAUUUCCAUAGAUAACUUUGGAGAGAGAAAAUACUAUAUAAAUGGAAAAUAAGUUUCUGAUGAUUUAAAUAGAUAUUUGAUACAAUAGGAAAUCUAAGGAAAAAGAAAAUUUGAUAUAUUCUAUAAAUUCUAUGAAAUUUACAUGACUAAAGAAGGACUCUUUUAAAAAAAUUUGUAAUAUGAAAAUAUUAGGCCAAUAUAGUUUAUUCCAUAUGAGAAACAGAAUGUGGAAAAUGUUUUGAUUAGGCAAAGUUCUCAGUUUAAGAUUUAGAAACUUAUUGAGGCAUCAUAUAAGGUGGAAUAUGGAUCUAAAGUCAUCUUCUUUGAGGUUAAUUAACAGAAAUAAGUGAAAUAUGAUCAGGUACUUGUUCAUACUACAAAUGAUGAUGAAAAUAUGCCUGAAUGUAAAAUAUUGGAAUUGUUGGAAAAUACACCUAAAUUAAAAUCCAAAAUUUAAUUAUUGAAUAGAAAUAAAGAAUAGAUAUUCUAAGUUCGUUCUCCUAAUAGAAUAGUAGUUGCAGCAAAAAGAUAGCCACUCCAAGAUAAAAAUUGA